AUGGGGGAUGAAUCUCCUCAUAAAAAGCUAGAAGACAAUAAUAAUACCCUAACUCCAAGCACUGUAGAUGAAGAUAUACUAAAGAAGCAAAAGGAGAUUGAUGAUUGGCUGCCAAUCACUUCAUCAAGAAAUGCAAAAUGGUGGUAUGCUGCAUUUCACAAUGUUACUGCCAUGGUUGGUGCUGGUGUUCUUAGUCUUCCUUCUGCCAUGUCACAUCUUGGAUGGGGUCCUGGUGUUGUGAUUUUGAUCCUAUCAUGGCUGAUUACACUAUACACAUUAUGGCAAAUGGUUGAAAUGCAUGAAAUGGUACCUGGUAAAAGGUUUGAUAGAUACCAUGAACUUGGCCAACAUGCUUUUGGUGAAAAGCUUGGUCUUUACAUAGUGGUGCCUCAACAACUGAUCUGCGAAGUCGGGGUCGACAUUGUUUAUAUGGUUACCGGAGGAAAAUCAUUGGAGAAAAUCCAUAGCUUGGUUGCCCCUCACAAACACAUCAAGACUACGUAUUUCAUCAUGAUUUUCGCUGCGGUUCAUUUCAUCCUCGCUCACCUCCCUAACUUCAACUCUAUUUCCGGUGUCUCUUUGGCUGCCGCGGUCAUGUCGCUCACUUACUCUACUAUAGCAUGGACUGCUUCCGUCCACAAGGGUGUACAAUCCGACGUGGAAUACGGGUACAAAGCUAGCACCGCGACUGGAACCGUCUUUAAUUUUCUUACGGCAUUAGGGGAUGUGGCUUUUGCAUAUGCUGGACAUAAUGUAGUGUUGGAGAUUCAAGCAACAAUCCCUUCUACCCCAGAGAAGCCUUCAAAGGGUCCAAUGUGGAGAGGUGUUGUCAUUGCAUACAUUGUAGUAGCAUUGUGUUAUUUCCCCGUUGCACUCAUUGGUUACUACAUGUUUGGCAACAAUGUCGAAGAGAACAUCCUCAUUUCGUUAGAGAAACCGACGUGGCUAAUCGUUGCGGCUAACAUGUUUGUCGUAAUCCAUGUGAUUGGAAGCUAUCAGCUAUAUGCCAUGCCUGUUUUCGACAUGAUCGAAACCGUGUUGGUAAAGAACAUGCAUUUUAGACCAACUCGAACGCUUCGAUUCAUUGUCCGCAAUUUUUAUGUUGCUGCAACAAUGUUUGUAGCCAUUACAUUUCCUUUCUUUGGGGGUCUUCUUGGAUUCUUUGGAGGAUUUGCUUUUGCACCUACCACUUAUUUUCUACCCUGCAUCAUGUGGCUUGCCAUUUACAAGCCAAAGAAGUUCAGCCUAUCUUGGUGUACAAACUGGAUCUGUAUCAUACUUGGCCUUCUGCUAAUGACUCUAUCGCCCAUUGGAGGUUUGAGGAAUAUCAUCAUUAAUGCUAAAGACUAUCAUUUCUACUCUUGAAUAGUUUCUGGAAAUGUCAUACAUAUCCAUAUAUGUUUAUAUGAAAUAAGGGAAACGGAGGGACCUUGUGAUCUCCACUGGUUGGCAAAUGGGGAACCAUUAAUGUAUUUCAUGGCGUAAACAACUCUAGUUUCAGCUUUCUUCCUGUCCAUCGUCUGUCAAUAGUUAAUUAGCUAUUUUUGUCUAGUUGUGUGUUUUUUGUUAGUUUUUUUUAUAUGAACAAGGAUUUGAUUCACAACAGUCGAUGGGUUGUUUCAAGUGUGUUUUCAUGUUUGGCAAUGGUCAGUAAUGGUGAUUGUUCACUUACUGUA